UCGUUUGAUUCGGGGAGUUCACCUCAACACCAUCGAAAGAUACAAAGCGGAGAUGGCGAAACCCGAUUAAAGCAACUCUAUCACCAAGUGGAGCAAUUGACGUUAUCCAAUGCUAGGUUAACUAGAGCCAAUCGAAAUUUAAAAUUAGAAUGUGAUAAGCUUGUGGAGGAAAAGACGUUUGAAUUAAAGCAGGCCUUACAAAUGUCAGUAGAACAUAAUAUUCGGCUACAGCGAUCGAACCGACUCCUGAAAGACGAAUACCUCAUCCAAUCGGUGGAGCUAGAUAAUAUCAAGAAGGACCAGAUAAAAAAGAUGAAGAACGUUGGACCUGAAUAUGAAUAUUUAGUGCAGGUGAUUAAUUUGCUGUAUCGACAAUUAGCAGGUAAAUCGAAUUGUGUUGAGACGUGCUGUUUUACGGAGAAACCUACACUAGAAUUAGCAGAAACGAUGAUUCAAGAUGCGUUACCACAGCAUUUAUGUCGACCUGUGGUGAAAUCGCAUAUCCAGUCUGGUAACCUAGCAGCGAUAUUAGAAAAGGAAAAUAAUCAAUUGAGAGACGGGAUGGAUAUAUUAAUAAAUGAUAGAGAUGCUCUUUAUCUAUUAUUAAAGGACAAGGAAGAAGAUAACGAGACUUUAAAAUAUGAAUUACAAGUGAAGGAUGACAUUGUGAAACAACUGGAAAAUGACUUUGAAAAUAUGGAACUACAAGUGAGUGACCUACAAAACGCACUC